GUCGGGCCGCGCAGCGUGUGACGCCGCAGCCGCGGCGGAGCUGGGGAUUAAUGGGAAAAGUUUUGGCAAGAGCCUUCGGAGCCUGCGGAGCCUGCGGGACGGCUGUGGUGGCGCGAGAGGCUACCGGGACAGGUCAGUCCGAGUCGGGAGAAGCGGGUAGGCAAGCAGCGGAGUGUUGCGUGGUGUUUUGGGCAUGUACGUGGUACUCACACAGCGGCUUCUGCUCACCGACAGAUGAGGACAGAUGCACCAAAGAGGCUGACAGGAACUGCCCUGUAGAGGUCCAUCUGCGUUCAGACCCAGAUGAUGCCAGAGCUAUGACCUGGCCUGCAGGCGUGGCGCCGAGGGGAAGUCAACCAUGGAGCAGCCACCGGAGGAAGCCCCUGAGGUCCGGGAAGAGGAGGAGAAAGAAGAAGUGGCAGAGACCCAAGGAGCCCCAGAGCUCAAUGGAGGACCAGAGCACUCGCUUCCUUCCAGCAGUUGUACAGACCUCUCCCGGAGCGCCUCCCCACCCUCGCUGCUGGACCAGCUGCAGACGGGCUGCGACGGGGCUCCGUGUGGCAGCCUCAACAUGGAGUGCCGCGUGUGCGGGGACAAGGCAUCAGGCUUCCACUACGGCGUUCACGCGUGCGAGGGGUGCAAGGGCUUCUUCCGGCGGACGAUCCGCAUGAAGCUGGAAUACGAGAAGUGCGAGCGGAGCUGCAAGAUCCAGAAGAAGAACCGCAAUAAGUGCCAGUACUGCCGCUUCCAGAAAUGCCUGGCGCUGGGCAUGUCGCACAACGCCAUCCGCUUUGGCCGCAUGCCGGAGGCUGAGAAGAGGAAGCUGGUGGCAGGGCUGACGGCGAGUGAGGGAAGCCAGCACAACCCACAGGUGGCUGACCUGAAGGCCUUCUCCAAGCACAUCUACAGUGCCUACCUGAAAAACUUCAACAUGACCAAAAAGAAGGCCCGCGGCAUCCUCACCGGCAAGACCAGCCACACGGCGCCCUUUGUGAUCCACGACAUCGAGACCUUGUGGCAGGCAGAGAAGGGCCUGGUGUGGAAGCAGCUGGUGAACGGCCUGCCGCCCUACAAGGAGAUCAGCGUGCACGUCUUCUACCGCUGCCAGUGCACCACGGUGGAGACUGUGCGUGAGCUCACCGAGUUCGCCAAGAGCAUCCCCAGCUUCGGCAACCUCUUCCUCAACGACCAGGUGACCCUUCUCAAGUACGGUGUGCAUGAGGCCAUCUUCGCCAUGCUGGCCUCCAUUGUCAACAAGGAUGGGCUGCUGGUGGCCAACGGCACUGGUUUUGUCACCCGUGAGUUUCUGCGCAGCCUCCGCAAGCCCUUCAGCGAUAUCAUUGAGCCCAAGUUCGAGUUUGCUGUCAAGUUCAAUGCCCUGGAACUUGAUGACAGUGACCUGGCUCUCUUCAUCGCGGCCAUCAUUCUGUGUGGAGACCGGCCAGGCCUCAUGAACGUAUCACAGGUGGAGGCCAUCCAGGACACCAUCCUGCGUGCCCUCGAGUUCCACCUGCACGCCAACCACCCCGAUGCCCAGUACCUCUUCCCCAAGCUGCUGCAGAAGAUGGCUGACCUGCGGCAGCUGGUCACCGAGCACGCCCAGAUGAUGCAGCGGAUCAAGAAGACCGAGACGGAGACCUCGCUGCACCCCCUGCUCCAGGAGAUCUACAAGGACAUGUACUGAAGGGCUCGCCCAGGCCUCCCAGCAGGCCUCCCAGCAGGCCUCCAGGAGCUGGGAGCCAGGGGCAGGGGGACAGCGGCGGGACGGGGCCACCACGGGACGUUCCUGUUGGCUGCCGCCGCCCGGGGCAGCAGGCGCACACCCUCACGUGAACAGACCCUCGCCUCCCUCCCCAAUUUCCCUUCCCCCUCUCCCUCUUUCUCAGUUCCUCUUUCUUCUCUAAUGUCUUUGCUCCUUCUCUUCCUUCCCAUAGCUUUCCCUUUUCCUUCCUCCCUCGCCCUCCCUUUCUCCCCGUCCCCGUGUGUGUGCCUCUUUCUCUUUCUUUGAGACAGUUUGUGUCAUUUCACCAGCAGCAUAGAACAGGACCUCUGCUUCCGCCCCUGCCCCGGUGCGGAGGGAGCAGGGCCAGCCCUCUGCACCGACCCUCACCGACGGGGGCAGGGGCCCCGUGCUGCCCCCGUCUUCACAGCAAGGACUGGAGCCCUCCAGAGAAACACUAAGCCCUGGGCCCAGCUUCCUGGGGAAGCUGAACAGCACCUGGGCCGGCUCAGCAGUGGCCCCUGUCACUGCGCCCCUGCCCUGAAGGCCAGGAUGCCUUCCUGAGACCGUCGGCCCUCCCAAGGCUGAGGCUGGCGCCCCCUAGCCCCUCCAGCCCUGCUCCCACCAACACGCUUUUUGUUCUUUUCGCCUGUCUUCCAGGCCAGUGUUGCUGAUGGCCCCUGCGCUGGCUGCUGGGGGACCAGUCCCCAGCCUGGAAGGAGGUGGGUUCCCUGCAGGUGGGAGCCCCACACCCCCAUGAAGAGGAGCGAGUCUCAAGGGAGUUAGUGGUUGGUGGGGAAGCAGUGAGCAGGCCUCGGGGGUAGCCCCCCAUCAGCACUCACCCGCCCACCCGUCUGUAGCAGCCUCGGCCCGCCUGUCAGUGCCACGGCCGUCACCUCCCUCCCCAGGGCCAGGCCUGGCCUCACCCACAACAGUUGCUCUGUCCAGGCAGGAGACGCUCAUGCCCCACACACUCCUGGAGCCGCCACUCCAGCACAAGCACUGAAUUCACUUUAUCUGCAGCCCCCGACCCCCAGGCGGGUUGCCCCCAGAGGGGCCUGCAGGUGGGCAGGCAGGGCUGAGCCCACUCCCAGGGCUGGGCCAGAUCUCUGGUCGGCAGCCGUGUCCUGUGAGUCAGCCCAGCACCUGCUCGCAGGGGAACGUGCCGGGGAUGAACUGAGCCUAUUUACUGAGACAUCUGUCUGUCCCAACAGCUCUGCUGCCCUCCCCUUCCCGGUAUUCAGCCCAGCUGGUCACCUGGAACCCCGCCCUGCGCAGCCCCUAGUGACAGGGUCUUCUGCACCCUACCCGCCCCCCACCCCUCCCAGUGCCACAGACAGGGUGCUGAAGCACGGCCUGUGGUGCCGCCUGAGCAGGAGGGCAGGCCCAGGCUGCCUUUGCAGGGAGGGAGCUGGCCCGAGCAGGGAGAGGCUGACUAGGGUCUCUGAGAACCUGGGGUUAGAGCCCAGGCUUCCUGGGUCCUGUGAUCCUCCUUGGAAAGGGCCUUUCUGUCUGACUGCAGCCCUGGUGGGAAAUGCCCUAGAGCAAGGGCAAACCCCAGGUCGGUCCCUGCCGGUGCUGUGGCCCUCCUGCCCCAGGAUCACUGCCUGCUGGCAAGAUUCUUCCCUCUCCCAUCCCACCCACGGCUGACCAGGGGUGCGGGCUGGGGGUCCCCUCCCGCCUUAGUGCUGAGAGUACAACUCUUCUCAGUGUCCGAACAAUCUCCAAAAUGGAAAUGUAUAUUUUUGCUAGGAGCCCCCGUUUCCUGUGUUUUUAAUAUAAAUAGUGUACACAGACUGGUGGAACUUUAAAUAAAUGGGAACUAAUUAUUUAAGAGUUGA